AUGCGGGCGCGGCGGGCAGCCGGGCCGGACGGUCCAGAGCUGCGGGCGUUCUGUGACUGGCUGCUCGAGCUGGGAGAGGGGCGCGCAGAGGGCCCCGAGGAUGGGUUCGUUCAGCUGCCCCCGCACCUGGUGAUGGAUGCCGAUAUCGACGCUGUCAUUGACUGGGUGUUUGAUGACCUGGCAGGGCGACACGGUGACCGAGAGUGGAUGGCGUCGCGGGCGGUGCUCGCGCCGCGGAACACUCGGGUCGACGAGCUGAACGCCGCAGUCACCGAGCGCUUCCCCGGAGAGGCCGUCCGCCUGCUGAGCGCCGACAGUCUGGUGGAGGAGGCCGAGCAGCUGGAUAUCCCACAUGAGUAUCUAAACACUCUGUGCGCUCCCGGCUUCCCACCUCACUGCUUGAUGAUAAAGCCAGGCAUGCCACUCAUGCUACUUCGUAAUCUGUCCGCCACUGACGGACUGUGCAAUGGCACGAGACUUAUCGCUGGUCGUAUCAUCAGCCCGCGACUCAUGGAGGCCACCAUCGCCUGCGGCAAAAACGCCGGAAGGCAGGUGCUAAUUCCACGGCUCCCACUCCAGCCCCCGGAUGACGCGUUUCCCUUCCGCUGGGAACGUCGCCAGUUCCCCGUGCGGCCAGGUUUCGCCAUGACGGUGAACAAAGCCCAGGGGCAGACGCUCGGUCGGGUCGCGGUCUUUCUGGAGGAGCCAGUGUUCAGCCACGGGCAGCUGUACGUGGCUGCAUCGCGGGUCGGCUGGCCGGCGGAUCUAAGGAUCGCGCUGCCCAGAGGUGGCCAAGGCGCAACACCAAAUGUGGUGUACACGGAGGUGAUGGGCCGAGGUGAUGCCCGGUAG